AUGUCAGAACACAGAUUGCCAGCCACCAUCGCACGCAUCCAACACUUCGUAGCUCUCACUGGGGGCCUUGACGUCGCCAUCAUCCUAUCACUCUCUGCAUCUAAUCCUUUCUCGUCAGCAAAAGACCUUAUGAAUAAUCGGCGAAUUGACGACAUGGAAGGGGUACGCAGUUACGCGCUCCUCCAAGCAGAAAUUAUGACAAGGCCAGAGCUUGCAUGGGUACCAAUUCUACCCUUGGCAAAGCUGGAUGACAUCGUCAAACUCGUAAAGACAUAUGUGCAGUCGAUCAGCCGGCCCAAACCCAAACCGUCGUCUGCGGUUCGUCCCUUGGAUAUGUUAGCACACUGUUCCCCCGAUCGACCCUUACCCACUCUUGCUGUCAACUUGGCGUCUGAUGUCUUCUCUUCUUUGAGGGAUGUGGUUCAGAAUGCACUUACACAUCAGACAAGCUCAUUUUUGCACGACUCAGGCGAAAUUGCCUCAUCAGACGAUUCUCUGCAAAGUCACCAAAGCCCGUUCGGCGUGCUGGCAGAGCAGUUAGACAAAGACAUCGUGGAAAGCAUGAUUGAGUUCUGGCUUGAGGACUGGGCUAUCGAGUAG